AUGUCUGAAGCUCCUGAGAAAUUCUACAUCUCUUACAAUAACAUCCACAAACUAUGUCAACAAACUGCUAAGGAUAUCCUAGAUAAGAAUGAGAAACCUGAUGUUAUUAUUGGUAUUUCUGGUGGUGGUUUGAUUCCAGCUAGAAUCAUCAGAACUUUCUUAAAGAAGAAGGGUGAAAAGAACAUUCCAAUUCAAGCUAUUGGUUUGUCUCUAUACGAAGAUUUAGGAUUAGAUGACAACGUUGAAACCAUUGGUAAGGAAGUUAUCAGAACCCAAUGGUUAGACUUUGGUGCCUUAGAUAAACACUUCGAUUCUCUUAUCGGUAAGAAAGUUUUGAUUGUUGACGAAGUCGAUGACACCAGAACUACCCUACAUUAUGCUGUUUCUGAGUUGGAAAAAGAAGUUCAUGAACAACAAAAGAGAUUAAAUAGACUAGAUGAAAAGACUACAUUCACUGUGUUCGUUCUACAUAAUAAGGAUAAGCCAAAGAAAGCUGACCUUCCAAAGGAAAUGCUUGAAUCUGGUCAUUACAUGGCUGCUGUCACAGUUCCUGAUGUCUGGCUAUGUUACCCAUGGGAAGCCGAUGAUAUUGAAGAACAAACUAGACUAGCAAAACAGCAAGGUCAUGAUUAA